UGCAUCAGAUGCAUCAGGUGCCUCAGGUAGGCCGGCUACCCAAUCAAUAAGGGUCAUCAUAACGAAACAUGGGCCGUACGGAGCUGCAAACGGAGGGGACGCCGGACGCGAGCCAGAUCAAGCUUGCUUGGCGCAUCAUGCAGCCCCAAAAAGGAACGCGAGCCCGUAGUUCAAUAGGAGCCAAUCCUCGGAGGAAGGCUAGCUUGCUGAAACCCUGGCCUGGUGGAGCUCGAACAGCUCAGCAGUGCUCAGCAGGUGAGUCUGGUCUGUUGGAAUGGAUAGGUAUUGUGUGUCCACUAGCUUUGUGAUU